AUGGCUCAAGCAUUCGUGAACAACAAGAUCCAGUCUGGGAAGGUGGUCGUGUUCAUCAACCCAACCUGCCCCUACUGCAGAAGAACUCAGGAGCUCCUCAGUCAAUUGCCCUUCAAACAAGGGCUUUUGGAAUUUGUUGAUAUCACAGCCAACGGCGACACCACUGAGAUACAAGAUUAUUUGCAACAGCUCACAGGAGCCAGAAUGGUACCUCGGGUCUUCAUCGGUAAAGAGUGCAUAGGUGGAUGCACUGAUCUAGUAAAUAUUCAUGAGAGAGGAAAACUGUUGACAUGGAUAAAGCAAAUUAGAGCUCUGCAAUAA